AUGACAAUAGUAGAGUACCUGAAGUUAGGGAAAAAGAUGAAGAUUCAUUCCAUGGACCAAGGAGCAGAGCACAUGCUGGUGCUGUCCUCAGAUGGAAAAACCUUUGAGUAUAGCUACAGCGGAGAACCUGCAAGGUUUCAAAGCAUUUUACAAGAAAAAUGUAUGAUUCAGAUUGCAUGUGGAGAUUAUCAUUCUCUUGCAUUCUCAAAAGGUGGUGAGCUGUUUGCCUGGGGACAGAACGUCCAUGGACAGCUCGGAGUUGGAAGGUUUCCCACAACCCCGAUACCACAGCUUGUGCAGAGCCUCGCAGGAGUCCCCUUGAUCCAGAUUUCUGCAGGAGAAGCCCACAGCAUGGCCUUAUCCAUGUCUGGAAAUGUCUACUCAUGGGGGAAAAAUGAUUGUGGACAGCUGGGUCUGGGCCACACCAAGAAUACAGAUUGUCCUGUCCUUGUUGACAUACCAGACAAUCAGAAGGUUGAGUUUCUGGCUUGUGGUGGUACUCACACUGCUCUCCUCACACAGGACGGGCUUAUGUUCACUUUUGGUGCUGGAAAAUAUGGGCAGCUUGGUCACAAUUCAACAGAGAAUGAACUAAGACCCCGCUUGGUGACUGAAUUCAUUGGAAGUAGAGUGACCCAGAUAGCAUGUGGAAGGUGGCACACACUUGCCUAUGUCUCUGAUUUGAGCAAGGUCUUUUCCUUUGGUUUUGGAGAUAAAGGACAGUUAGGACAUGGUGGGAACCAUAAUCAGCUGAUGCCAAUGCCUAUGAAAUCACCAUCCAAUGAAGAGCUCCAGUUUGAAAGCCAUCAUUCAGGAAAAGAAUUGAUAAUGAUUGCUGGAGGGAAUCAAAGCAUUUUACUGUGGAUUGAUAAAAAGAACUCCUAUGUUAAUCUGAGGAGGAAAAUUCUUACAUUGAAUGAAGGGACUGUAAAGAGAUGGAUUGAUGAUGUGGGAACUAAACAGUGGCAGAAUACCAAAAGGGAAAUCCGAGAGAUAUUUUCAUCCUCUGCUUGUCUGACUGGAAGUUUCUUAAGGGAAAGAGUGGUUGCAGAAACAAUGUGUAUUCAUUUGGAUUUAAAUAACGCAAGAAAUACUUUCAAGAAACUAACUCAAAAGGACUGGAUUACUAACACGAUAACCACCUGUCUCAGGGAUAAUCUGCUCAAAAACCUGCCAUUUCAUUCUCCACACCGAGAAGCUCUAGAAGUUUUCAUCCUUCUCCCAGAAUGUCCUGUGAUGCAUGAUUUUAACAACUGGGAGAGCCUGGUGGUCCCCUUUGCAGAGAUGAUUUGUAAAAUGAGUGACCAGUCAUUAAAAGUUAUGGAGGAAUAUUGGGCAGCUUUGCAAGAGUCUGGUUUUAGCAACCUGGUCCAGAUGUUUAAAAGCGCUAUCAGCUGUCAGCUGCGUUAUUGGAGUGAAAAUGAUGUGAAUAACUGUCAUGUGAAAACUCUUCUAGAAAUACUGAAAAAGCUACAUAGGGUAAACCAAACUAAGCAUCAGCUGCCUGAAAAGAUUUUCAAAGUAGAUGAACUGACUGACUGGCUCAAUUUUUAUGGAGAAGCAUAUAGAAGGACAGCUUGGAAAAUGAACUUGGAUACUUCUGAUGUACACAAUUGUGUCAUAUUCAGUCAAUUUCCAUUUGUCUUUAAUAUUUUGUCAAAAAUUAAACUACUAUAUGCUGACUCACUUCUAAAAAUACAGGAGAAAAAACUUAAAGCUUGCUUGGCAGCAAUUGUGGAACAAGAAGAGUCUGAAUUAGCUUUUAUGCCCACUUUUGAUCUCACAGUCAGAAGGAAGCAUUUGAUUGAGGAUGUUUUGGAUCAGCUGAGUAGAUUUGAGAAUGAAGACCUGAGGAGGGAAUUAUGGGUUUCGUUUAGUGGAGAGAUUGAGUAUGACUUUGGAAGAGUCAAGACAGAGUUCUUUUAUUAUGUGUUUGAAGCAAUAACUCAGCCAGAAUAUGGGAUGUUCACAUAUCCUGAAGAUGCUUCCUACAUGUGGUUUCCUGUUAAGCCUAAAUUUGAGAAGAAAAGAUAUUUCUUCUUUGGGAUGCUCUGUGGCCUUUCCCUUUUCAACUGCAAUGUUGCCAACAUUCCUUUCCCACUGGCUCUGUUUAAGAAGCUUUUGAACCAAAUGCCUUCAUUGGAAGACUUGAAAGAACUCAGUCCUGUUUUGGGAAAGAGUUUGCAAGCACUUAUGGAUGAUGAAGGCAAAGACUUGAAAGAAAUAUAUUACAUCUAUUUUACUGUCCUUUGGGAUGGAAAUGAUAUAGAUUUAAUUCCUAAUGGAAGUCGCAUACCUGUCAACCAAACUAACAAGAAAGACUAUGUUUCAAAGUGUGUUGAUUACAUCUUCAACGUCUCUGUAAAGGAAGUUUAUGAAGAAUUUCAGAGAGGAUUUUAUAAAAUGUGCGACAAGGACCUAAUAGGAGUUUUUCAUCCUGAAGAGCUGAGGGAUGCAAUUGUUGGAAAUACAGAUUAUGACUGGGAAACAUUUGAAAAGAAUGCAAAUUAUGAAGAAGGCUAUAACAACUCACAUCCCACUAUAGUGAUGUUUUGGAAGGCUUUACACAAAUUGACUCUGGAGGAAAAGAAAAAGUUCCUUGUGUUUCUUACAGGAACUGACAGAUUACAAAUAAAAGAUAGGAAGACUAUGAAGAUAACAUUUUGCUGUCCUAAAAAUUUGAAUGAGGAAGAUCCUAUGAGAGCUCAGACAUGCUUCAGUAUUCUCUACCUCCCUAAGUAUUCCACAAUGGAAAGAGUAGAAGAAGCACUUCAGAUUGCCAUCAACAACAGAAGGGGGUUUGGAUGA